GUAUAUUCUUAUAUGUUCCUGUGUUCCCCAUGUGUUAUUUUAUCUACCGCGUAGUUCUGAUGCACUUCCUUAUUUAUGAAAGUACAUUAACCUAACUUAUUAUUUAAUAAUAAAUAAAGUGUGGUUUAUCAAUGUCUGUUAAGAAAUGACAACGUGAUAAAUAAUGAAUUCAACGUACAAAUUAAUUCAAUGUGCAUUCACGAAACAUGCACUUAGGACACCUGUUUUUUCAUCGUGCCGACCCUGCUCCAAUAAGAGAGAUGAAGGCGAAAGUCCUUUGAAAAAACUGCUUGAUGAGUCAGCUACCUUUCAAGACCUGAACAACCAAACUCCCGACCAACAGUGGGUAACGCUUCCCUAUCCAAAGGGUACAAAGAUUAGGAAGCAGGGUGAAUAUGAAAUACAGCCUAAACAUGACCCCAGAGAAACUUCUAUUAUAUUGUUUCCUGGACAAGGCAGUCAGUUUGUUGGUAUGGCAAAGAGCCUCAUGAAAUUUCCAAUGGCAAGAGAUCUUUUUGAAUUGGCAAAUUACAUAUUAGGAUAUGAUUUGUUAAAAAUAUGCCUGGAGGGGCCUAAAGAAAAGUUAGAUCAAACAAAGUAUUGUCAGCCUGCAGUCAUGGUAACCUCAUUGGCAGCAAUUGAGAGGCUUAAAGAGGAAAGACCCAAUGCCAUUGAAAACUGUGUGGGGACUGCUGGUUUUAGUUUGGGUGAAAUUACAUCAUUAGUCUUUGCUGGUGCUCUCAACUUUGAAAGGGCGUUACAACUAGUCAGAAUUCGCGCUGAGGCUAUGCAACUAGCCAGUGAAAUGCAACCUGGUUACAUGGCCACUGUAUUCUAUAGUCCAGACAGUAAACUGAACUUUGCAUGUUUGAAAGCCAAGGAAUGGGCUAAAGAUAAAGGUGAUGAAGUACCUGAGUGCCUUAUUGCUAAUUAUUUAUUUCCACAUUGUAAAGUGGUGUCAGGCAGUGUGUCUGCCAUAGAAUUCCUAGAAAAAAACUACAAGGAAUUCAACUUAAAGAAAGUUAAAAGACUGGCAGUCAGUGGAGCUUUCCACUCUGCAUUGAUGAGGCCUGCAGUAGAGCCAUUUAAAAAAGCAUUAAGAAAAAGUGAAGUACUGGAACCUGCAAUUAAUGUUUAUUCAAAUGUAGAUGGCAAGAAGUACAGGGAUGCAAAUCAUAUAAAAGAACAGUUGCCCAAGCAAAUUGUCAAACCUGUGAAGUGGGAACAGCUACUGCACACAGUGUAUGAGAGGAAGCCAGACGAUUUUUUCCCCAGGACUUUUGAAUGUGGACCUGGUACUUCUCUCAAAGCGAUUCUCAAGCAGGUCAACAAUAAAGCUUGGAACACUUGUUUUAGUAUAGAAGCUUAGUGUAUACAUAUUUAUAGUUUUAAUAAAUUUUUAAAAGUU